CCGUGCCCGGGUUCCGAUUCCAGCUGUCUGGCUGAUCUUGGGCAAGUCACUGUCCCGCUCGGUGCCUCAGUUUCCCCACCUGUCCUAUUGGGAUAAUAUUUCCCUGCUUUGUAGGUUGGUGUCGGCCCCCUAAGAUCCUGGCACAGAAGGUUUUAUAUAAGAUCAAGUGUUGUCACUCAGGUGCUAUCUCCAGCUCAGGAAGGCAUGGGGGGAGCACAGUCCCUCAGGCUGCCCCAUGGGAAAGGGCCUCACCAAGUGGGCUGCACGGAUGUGAUGGUGGGCCCCAACCGGAAGGGGCUUUUCUUCCGGUUGUUUUACCCCUGCCUUCCCCAGGCGGGGGCAGAGCAACCUCUCUGGAUCCCACGCCGUGAGUACUGCGAGGGGCUGGCCGAAUACAUCAACCUGAAGUGGUGCACCCCGCUGCUCAAUGUGACUUUCGGGUCCUACAGAGUUCCAGUGAGAUGGAAUGGGCCUUUUAAGGCAUGUGGCAGCAGGUACCCACUGAUCAUAUUCUCCCAUGGCCUGGGAGCCUUUCGAACCGUCUACUCGGCUGUCUGUGCGGAAAUGGCCUCCCGUGGCUUUCUGGUGAUGGCGCUGGAGCACAGAGACCAUUCUGCCUGUGCAACUUACUUUUGCAAGGCAGAGGCUGGGGGGUCCGAUUCCCUGGAGGCUGCGCUGCAGGAGGAAUGGAUCCCAUUUCGAAGGGUCCAAGAAGGGCAGAAGGAAUUUCAUUAUCGAAACCCACAGGUUCAUCAAAGAGCAAAUGAGUGUGUGCGAGGGCUCAGGCUGGUGCAGGACAUCAGCAGCGGCAAAGCUGUCACCAAUGUCUUGCACAAAGGAUUUGAUCUGUCUGCACUGAAGGAGAGUGUGGAUUUGACUAAAGUCGCUGUAAUGGGCCACUCUUUCGGAGGAGCGACCGCAAUUCUAGCCCUUUCUAAAGAGGACCAUUUUAGCUGCGCCGUUGCUCUCGAUGCCUGGAUGUUCCCUUUGAAGAACGAUCUCUACCACAAGGUGACCAAGCCGGUGCUUUUUAUCAACACGGAGAAAUUCCAGACUGCAGAAAGUGUUGCCAAAAUGAAGAGACUCAGCUCCAGAAACAGGCAGACCAAGAUCAUAACCAUCCUGGGAUCUGUGCAUCUGAGUCAGACUGACUUCACUUUUCUGGCUGGGAAUCUCCUGAACAGACUGUUCCAGACCAGAGGCACCCUGGACCCCUACGCAGGCUUGGACAUCACCAACAGGGCGGCGCUUGCUUUCCUGCAGAAACAUCUGAGGCUUGAGGAAGAUUUUGAUCAGUGGAAUAAUCUCCUGGAAGGCAUUGGUGACUCGGUGAUUCCAGAGGCGCCUCUCUGCAUCUCCAGCCUUUAGAGACACUGUCUGCUGGUCCGUCCCCAUGGAUGUUAGGCAUCCUACGUACCAGGAAGAUAGUAGCUUCACCUUCAAUCAGCAACUCCAGUAACUCUGCAAAAGGCACGUGUAAUCAUGCAGCUGCUGAUGGAAUCCAGAGACGUGGAGCCCUCGCUGAGCCAGAAUUCAUGCUGGAACCGGAAGACUUAGAGGCCCUGACUGGUCGAGGGUUGGCCAUGGAACCCAGAGACUGGGCCCUCCUCUGGUCUAGAACUCACCAUCGAGAGCAGACUGGGGCGCCUGGCUGCUCUAGAACUGAUUUUGGAACCUAGAAAACUGAUGCCUUAUUGGACAGAAGCAGAUGUGAGGUGUGGCUUAGCGGGCCCCCUUUUGACAGGUCCCAAACUUUUCUCUCUGCCCCUUCAAAUCCCUCCUCUAAAUCCAUUUCUUUCCAAAAGUCUUUCACACAUGAGACCUGCCUUGGUCCCCUUUGACUCUUACCAACACCCCAUGCACUUUGUGUGGCUGCACUUUGUUGUCUACACCUGAACCUACAUUGCACUAGUUUCCGACAACGGAGGGAAAAUCUCUCUUCUUGUGUUAAACCCUCAGAAGCCCCUCCUGUGAAUUACCUGAGGUAUUAAUGCUGCUGUGGUAAUUAUGUCAGUCAAAAUGGUAUCGUCUGUAAAAUGGUGCCUAUAUUAGAAACUGUAUUUUCUUCUCUCUUAAAUGUGCAUUAAAUGAAGAUGGAGAAUAUUGUUCAUAA